GUGGUCAGUGCGUUACAAGCUUUCCUUUGGUUGGCUUGCACAGUAGAGGGUUAAAUCCCAUCCCUGUGUGGAACUUCUGAACAUCUUUUAUUAGUGGAAACGUCAUUUUCUACAGAAUGAAUUCAGCAUCUUAAUUUAAACCAGCGUUCGUGUGGUUUGGAUCCAUCUGCUAUGGUUCAUGAAGCCUCAGAUCUAAGGAGCACAGGGUCUUUUGCGAUGACAAUAUGACUAAUAGUAAAGGAAAAUCUGUUACUAAUAAAACAAGUGGUGGUCCAAGUGGUGGAGGAGGUUUUGUGGACUGGACUUUAAGGUUAAAUACAAUUCAAUCUGAUAAGUUUUUAAACUUACUGUUGAGCAUGGUUCCAGUAGUUUACCAGAAACCCCAGGAAGACAGGCACAAGAAGGCGAACGGCGUCUGGCAGGACGGAUUGUCGCCCGCAGCACAGACUUUUAGUACUAGGCCAGAGCAACACGGGGAAUACCACAGCUUCCCCGAGCAGCCUUUCCACGGCAAUAACGGGCACACGCCUUCGAGCUUUAGCCAAAAGUACGACGACUAUGCCAACUACAAUUACUGUGAUGGAGGGGAGACUUCAGAAACGACUGCCAUGUUACAGGCCGAAGACAGAUCCGGCGACGGUGACGAAGACGUCAUUGUGGAAGCAAACCAGAAAUUACCGAAGGAGUCCAGCGGGGUCAUGGCACUGCAGAUCCUGGUGCCUUUUUUGCUAGCUGGUUUUGGAACAGUUUCUGCCGGCAUGGUUUUGGAUAUCGUCCAGCACUGGGAGGUGUUCAAAAAAGUAACAGAAGUUUUCAUUUUAGUUCCUGCACUACUUGGUCUCAAAGGGAACUUGGAAAUGACAUUGGCAUCUAGGUUGUCCACUGCAGUAAAUAUUGGGAAGAUGGAUUCACCCAUUGAAAAGUGGAACCUAAUAAUUGGCAACUUGGCUUUAAAACAGGUUCAAGCAACAGUAGUUGGUUUUCUAGCAGCUGUGGCGGCAGUUAUAUUAGGCUGGAUUCCAGAGGGAAAAUACUACCUUGACCAUUCCAUACUUUUGUGCUCUAGCAGCGUAGCAACUGCCUUCAUUGCAUCUCUUCUGCAGGGAAUAAUAAUGGUUGGGGUUAUCGUUGGUUCGAAGAAGACUGGUAUAAAUCCUGAUAAUGUCGCCACACCCAUUGCUGCUAGUUUUGGUGACCUUAUAACGCUUGCCAUAUUGGCUUGGAUAAGUCAGGGUUUGUACUCCUGUUUCGAGAACUAUUACUACAUUUCUCCAUUAGUUGGUGUCUUUUUCUUGGCUCUAACUCCUAUCUGGAUUAUAGUAGCAGCCAAGCAUCCAGCCACUAGGACAGUUCUCCACUCAGGCUGGGAGCCUGUCAUAACAGCUAUGAUUAUAAGUAGCAUUGGGGGCCUUAUUCUGGACACAACCGUAUCUGACCCAAACUUGGUUGGAAUUGUUGUUUACACACCAGUUAUCAAUGGUAUUGGUGGUAAUUUGGUGGCCAUUCAGGCUAGCAGGAUUUCUACCUACCUCCAUUUGCAUAGCAUCCCAGGAGAAUUGCCCGAUGAACGCAAAGGUUGUUACUACCCAUUUAGAACUUUUUUUGGUCCAGGAGUAAAUAAUAAGUCUGCUCAAGUUCUACUGCUUUUAGUGAUUCCCGGGCAUUUAAUUUUCCUCUACACGAUUCAUUUGAUGAAAAGUGGUCACACUUCUCUGACUGUAAUCUUCGUAGUUGUAUAUUUAUUUGCUGCUUUGUUACAGGUGUUCACCUUGCUGUGGAUCGCCGACUGGAUGGUCCGGCACUUCUGGAGGAAAGGCAAGGACCCGGACAGCUUCUCCAUCCCCUACCUAACGGCACUGGGCGACCUGCUCGGGACAGCGUUGUUGGCCUUAAGCUUUCAUUUCCUCUGGCUUAUCGGAGAUCGAGAUGGAGAUGUUGGCGACUAAUAAGUCCUACAGACUGCUCUCAAGUUACCAAGAAGGAAAACACAAGAUAAACCACCACGGUCUUGACUUCUGUCAGGGUUCUCUGCGGUUGGUCCCGAUCCAAUUAAAUGGCCUUAACAUUUUUUAAAGGAAUUUGUGUUGAAACCAGAAUGAACAGUAUUUAUGCUAAUUUCACAUAGACAUAGAUACAAGCUCAAACUCUGAAAUUAACUAAAUAGAAAAGAAUAUAGGAUGUUUACAAUGAAUAACUUUAAAACCACAGACAUAGCAGAAAUGUACUUAAUUAUUGUUUAACUUAUAAUGCCAGUUUAGAGAGUUCUAGUUUAGCCUUUCUUGUUGCACAGAUGUGUCACACCUACUGCAUCGAACACCAUAAAAUGAAAGGGGCCCAAGCAAGCUUGUAAUAGUUUCCACUGCACCCGCCUCUCUGCUAGCUGAGGAUAAAUUUGCCAGUUAUUGGCUCCUGACCUGACCUAAAUAUGUUCUCCUGAGCAUAAGAUAGAUUCACGUUGACGUGCUGCUAUGAAUUUCCUUGUGCCAAUGCUAAUUUCAUUUCAUCUCUCAGAGCCCUUGGCAGGCUGCCCUUGAAACACUAUCAUGACCUUGAGAGAUCUUUAAUGAAAGCAGUGGGUCAUUUUUGGUCAUCGAUUUGUGGAAAGAAUGUUGAUCUUUCUCAGAAGACUUAAUAGUCAAGAACCGGAGAUAACCCGAGCUGCGUUUGUAGAGACAAGACGUGUGAGAAAGUGUGUGUGUGUGAUAGAGAUGAAGAAACUUUCGAUGGAGAGCGGAAUCUUGGCUUGUUGGUAGCAAAGAUCAUAGUGCCGUUAGAAUAUUAGCAUUAUAUAGUUAUUCUUAAACACAUUUUAUUGAUAUACUUUGGUCAUUUGGUCCAAAAAUUUUGUUACUGCCCAGAACUUAGUAUUUCUUUACCUACAUUAUAAUAGUUUCUUCUUAUUAAAAACAACUGCACCACUUAAUGUAACAUAAGAUUUAGAAUGGGCAAGUCAUUCAUUCGUUCUUCUGAAGUCGAUGGAGACGUUUGGGUUCCCCAUUCUAAGAGGGAAGUUGGCGGGUUACCUCAGCGGUUGCUCGUGCCUGAACAUUUAUGUCAUCUGUUCACAUGGGCUCAUUUCCACAGGCUCUAUCAGGUACCCUGCUGUGUCAGGUAGUUUCUAAACGCUGCUCUAGGUUCCAGACGCUUGGCCAGCACACACCUUAGUUACCCAAUAGGUAAGCAUUUUUAUAUCACAUAUAGUUCAUUUUUAAGACCAUCAAAUACUUAAUGAUUUAAUUGACAAGGGAAGAAAAAUGCACAUCAGCUUCCAUCGUCAUGGUUUAAGUUGUGAGUUAGUGUUAAAUAUUGUAUAAAUAGUAGGUCAUUUAUACAAAUACUGGGGAAGUGUUCCUAUUAAGCUCUUUAAAAUAAGGGGACUGUGGUUUAGAGUUAUAUAUUUUUGCUUAUUUUAUAACUUUAA